GGAACCCCGCGUGCUGGGAGGGGCCGUUCACUCACGAGACGUGCUGCGCGCCGCCGGGCGUGGGCAACCCAGAUUGCUGGGGCGGCCUCCACACUUACGAGAGCUGCUGCGAGAUGGAGGAAGUGCCGCUGUUCACGAACGCGGGUGAUCUGAACCAGGACGCCGGCGGGCCGCAGGUGUCGCGGUUCCUCGCCACCCAGGGUGGCAUCUGCGACGGCGCCUCCGUCCCUGCGGGGUGCCUGGUGCACGCGGAGGAGAGGGACUGGAAAGAGCUGUUUGAGUUCCACAGCCUGUCUCAGUUCACGAGCGUCCGGGGCGAGCCCAUCAACGUCUCCGAGCUUGCCCGCAGGAUGGAGCACGACGACCAGUGCCCCUACGCCCCCUUCGUGCGCCUUCAAGGCCUCGCCUGGAUCGAGCAGCGCUUCGGGGAGGAGGCCGCCGCGCAGGCCUACCGGCGCGACUGGCACCGGCUGGGCACCGCCGGCGGCGGCGACUGUUUCGUGGAGCACCUGCUCAACAGGGCUUCGUUCGCGCACUACCCGCUGCUAUACGACACUGAACCGACGUUCCCAUGCCCGCCUGGGAGGAUGACAUGUUACUUCGCGUGUUUCUUUUUGAUGCGUAGAUCUCAUCCCAUGCUGCAAGUAUGCUAGAUGCCGAGAAGGUAAGUGGCGGCUGUUGAAAGUGAAGAGGGCGAUAAUAGUGCUCGUUGGAACAGGGACGCCUGGGUAUGUUGUUCGCGUAUCUGGCGGUCAAAUAUGUCCGGGUGUUCGUCCAUGUGGUCAUCAUUCUUCUCUCAACGUCUUGAGCUGAUUGGCGGUCAAUUCGUUGUCCGUUUUCUGUUUCCUGCUGCUCGUUUUGUCCCGCUGCUUGCGGCAGCUGUGCCGCAACACCAGCGAGGCCCAAUGUGGCGACCUUUCGAGCACCGCCCGGAAUGCCGUCACAUGUUAUUCAUCGGGAGCCAGGGGCACCGGAUCCUGCAGGAUCCUGCGAAGACCCCCUCUGGCUGACCCGGGUUCGCGAGUCGCUCGUGGCCGCGAGGCGGCCGCGCCUAUUGGCUGACCCGGGUUUGCGAAGACCUGCGCUGCAGUUUUUUUUUUUGCACUGCAGUUUUUGGUCUCCUGCUGACGGGGGUCUGAAUUGACCCGGGUCAGAAGAUCCCCGAGGGUCCAGCUAUUUAAUUUACCAGAAGGAGAGUCAGAAUCACGUGCAAGCAUCGUUCGGGGAAGGGCACUUCUUCCAUUGACGUCGUCGUCAUUUGAUCGGCAGCCCGCCGCGCGGCAGUUUUUGGUUUCCUGUUGGAUUGACCGGGUCAGAAGAUCCCCGAAUUCAGACCGUCUCUAUCCAUCGCUUCGUUCGUUCCGCCUGCCCAUCUUGCUUGACGGCGCUCGGUGCCCCGUGUGUUCGUUGUCAGUGUGGUGUUGUUGAGCGGCGAUGGUUCUCUGGCGCGGUGUGUGG